AUGACCGACGCGCUGCUGCCCGCUGCUCCGCAGCAGCUAGAGAAGAAGGGCGAUGGCUACUUUCGAAAGGGCUGUAAUCCCCUUGCACAAACUGGCCGGAGUAAACUGCAGAAUCAAAGGGCUGCGUUGAACCAGCAGAUCCUGAAAGCUGUUCGGAUGAGAACCGGAGCAGAAAACCUUCUGAAGGCAGCCACAAACCAGAAGGUGCGGGAACAGGUGCGGCUGGAGCUGAGCUUUGUGAACUCCGACCUACAGAUGCUCAAGGAAGAGCUCGAGGGGCUCAACAUCUCAGUGGGCGUCUAUCAGGGUGCAGAGGAGGCGUUUACCAUUCCCCUGAUUCCUCUUGGCCUGAAGGAGACCAAAGAAGUGGACUUUUCAGUCUCUCUCAAGGAUUUUAUCCUGGAACACUACAGUGAAGAUAGCUAUUUAUAUGAAGAUGAAAUCGCUGACCUUAUGGAUCUGAGACAGGCUUGUCGGACGCCCAGCCGGGAUGCGGCUGGUGUUGAAUUGCUGAUGAGUUACUUUCUGCAGCUGGGCUUUGUGGAGAGUCGGUUCUUCCCACCCACCAGGCACAUGGGGAUCCUGUUCACAUGGUAUGACUCCCUCACCGGGGUCCCAGUCAGCCAGCAGAACCUGCUGCUGGAAAAGGCCAGCGUGCUCUUCAACAUCGGCGCCCUCUACACACAGAUCGGGACCCGCUGCAACCGGCAGACUCGGGCUGGCCUGGAGAGUGCUGUGGACGCCUUCCAGAGAGCCGCAGGGGUUUUGAGCCACUUGAAAGAGACCUUUACCCACACUCCCAGUUACGAUAUGAGCCCUGCCAUGCUCAGCGUGCUCCUCAGAAUGAUGCUCGCCCAGGCCCAAGAAUGUGUGUUUGAGAAAAUCAGCCUUCCCGGAAUCCAGAACGAAUUCUUCAUGCUGGUGAAGGUGGCACAAGAGGCUGCCAAGGUGGGGGAGGUCUACCAGCAGCUGCACACCGCCAUGAGCCAGGAACCAGUGAAGGAGAAUGUCCCCUACUCCUGGGCUAGUUUGGCCUGCGUGAAGGCCAACCACUACACAGCCCUGGCCCACUACUUCGCAGCCACCUUGCUCAUUGACCAUGAGUUGAAGCCCGGUGCAGAUGUGGACCACCAGGAGAAAUGCCUGUCCCAGCUCUACAACCACAUGCCCGAGGGGCUGACCCCCUUGGCCACACUGAAGAACGGACCCCAGCGCAGACAACUGGGAAAGUCGCACCUGCGGCAGGCCCUGGAGCACCACGAGGAGUCCGUGCGGGGGGCCAGCCUGUGCAUGAAGCUGCGCAACAUCGAGGUGCUCCAGGAGGUGCUCUCGGCAGCCCACCAGCGUUCACGGCUCAAGUGCUCUCAGCACCAAGAGGAUGAGGACUUGUUCAACCUGAUUGCUGCUCCUGAUGUUGUUUCCAAAACUGAGCAGGAAGUGGAAGCGAUUCUGCCCCAGUUCUCCAAGGUGACAGUGACAGACUUCUUCCAGAAGCUGGGCCCUCUGACCGUGUUUUCGGCUAACAAGAGAUGGACACCUCCUCGAAGCAUCCAUUUCCUCACAGAAGAAGGGGACUUGGGGUUCACCUUGAGAGGAAAUGCCCCAGUGCAAGUUCACUUCCUCGAUCCCUAUUGCUCUGCAGCCGUGGAAGGAGCCAAGGAAGGAGAUUACAUUGUCUCUAUUCAAGAUGUGGAUUGUAAGUGGCUGACGGUGAGUGAGGUUAUGAAACUGCUGAGGCGCUUUGGCGAGGACCGCAUCGAGAUGAAGGUUGUGAGUGCCCUGGACUCCACAUCGUCCAUGCACAGCAAGUGUGCCACCUACUCCGUGGGCAUGCAGAAAACAUACUCCAUGAUCUGUUUAGCCAUAGAGGAUGAUGACAAAACGGACAAAACCAAGAAAAUCACAAAGAAGCUCUCCUUCCUGAGUUGGGGCACCAACAAGAACCGGCAGAAGUCCGCCAGCACCAUGUGCCUCCCAUCAGUUGGGGUCGCGAGGCCGAACGUCAAGAAGAAGCUCCCCUCUCCAUUCAGCCUUCUCAAUGCCGACAGUUCUUUGUACUAAUGUGAAGAAAACGGAGCCGUCUAGACCAGGGCAUUUCUGAGGACUGGCGCGACCUUAAUAACUGUGCCAUAAUGAGCAACUUCUCUUACAUCUGGGUUGUCUUAGUCUGAGCUCAUUGCCAGGAUUCUUUAUGGGUGAAAGUAACAAGAAGCCUCUAGAAAUUUGAGGAUAACACACUGAUUCAAGUGUCACGAUAUUGCUGCAUGUUAUUUAUUAAGUGUUGUAAAUAGGCAGUGUUGACAUGUGGCUAAUGCUGGCAGUGGUAACUUUGCAGUCGCAGUCAGAGUGAAGUCUGCAUUACCUACUUCAGUCCGAUUGAGAAGUCCCAGAUUUGAGUCAUAAAAGGUCUUUCACCAAACUUCAGGACGACCCUGGUUUAAGGCAGGUCAGGGGGACUACAGUAAUAAAUCUAAAUUAGUGUUCUAGAAACUUCCAAGAGCUGCUUCCUAAUGCUUCCUCCUGAAUCUAAAAUGACGGCAUUUUACUGUUACCUCCACAGAAUUUGAAUGCUAUUUCCAGACAAAGCCUAGUGCCAAAUUUGUCAGGACUUUUAAAAUGAAGACAACUUAGGGGCAGCUUGGUCAUUUCUAAUUUCAGGUCAUUUACGAAUUGCUAACACAGUGGCAGUGUUAGAUGAAGAUGCUAUCUACAAGGUAGAUAAGAUACUGUUUGAUACUCAAAACACUUUUCAUUUUGUUUAAAGUAGAAAACACAUAGUUAUAUAUUUUAAAAGUCUUGGGUUAAAAACAAAACGAGCUUCACUUUUUUCUUUCAAGUAAAGAUGGACACGAUUCGGAGCUCUCUCGAAUUCUUAUUCUGCCAGCCAGGUUAUCUUGUUGUAAGUAAGUUGGAUGAGACUGAUUCUCUCGAGGCUCACUAUUGACAGAAUACAUGUAUACCUGGGUAGAGUUAAAACGAUGUGAUGCUGAAAUCCAUGUUUUGAGAAUUAACAAGAAUCUAAGUGUUUUCUGUCGUGCAAUAUCAAAAGGGAUCGACCACCUUUAGGAAAGUGUAUUCACUACUCCUAGGGCCACGUUUGUAUCAAUAUUUAAAUAAACAUUCCUUUACACUGAG